AAUGUGGCGGAGUGAUACCAAGGCAGCUAUAUGGAAGUGGUGAGAGAAGUCAUGGGACGGAUCUACUAGGUAGGUAGCAUAGCUUCCGUUAGCCAUUCGUCGGUGUACAUUGUAGGUCAUGGUACAGUAUAAGUUUAGUCUGAUGUGAUAUUAUAGAAACAUUUCUGUGUGUCACGUCCCGGUAGAUGUUUAUGGAUUGCCAGAAGUUGAAGUGACUUUGAGCGGACUUACAGGUAACGUUACGAAAAUGCCUUUGCAUGGAAAAAUUGUCGUGAUAAAGAGGAGUGGAGGAGAUGGGACUGAAUUUCCUCUUACUGGAACAUGCUUGUUUGGAAGGGUGGCCGAGUGUGAUAUUCGUAUUCAGCUUCCUCAUGUAUCCAAGGAGCAUUGCAGGAUUGACUUGAAUGAAAAUAAAGAGGUUGUUUUGACUAAUUUGAGCUCAACGAAUCCCACCCGUGUCAACGGAGAGGCUUUGCAGCAGUCUGAGCGUUUGAAGAACGGAGAUGUGAUAACCAUUAUUGAUCGCUCUUUCAGGUUUGAGUACCCUCCUGCACCCACCCCAAAGAAGAGGUCUUCCAGAGGAGGCCUAACUGAAACCCUCAAAGUUCACCAAGAUCAGCAAGUUGGGGACAAGGUUUCCACUGAAGUUUCCACAGACCCUCAUCUGAAAGAUGGCACCAACCAAGAAAACAUCCAUCGAUCUCUGGAUAAAACCAUGGAGGUGGAGCCCAAGCAGGACAGCAGCCUGCAGCAAAGCAAAACCGCCUCCCCCUUCGGCGACCUGUAUCAAAUGAUCAAACAGUCCCUGGAUGUGAAGACCCCUGGAAAGUCUUCUGCCAGUGUCCUUCAAACCCCCACCUCCAGGUUUUGCACUCCAAGACCUGUUUCUGUCAGGAAAAAUGAGGGCAAAGCUGUCAUUUCAACAGAAGACACGAGCACUCCCCAGAAGGAAGAAGCUAAAGUCUCUGUUGUAGCUGAGGAAACCAAGGAGGCUGAAAAUGUUGGUAACACCACCCCAAAGUCUGCUAAGAAGCAGAGAAGGUCCUUCCAGACUCCUUCUACAGAGAUGGCCGCACCUGAAGUGAAAGCAGCUGAAAAUGCUGCCCAGUCUGAAGAGACUACUCCCCAGAAGAGAGUCCGUACACCCCCCCAGAGGUUUACAUGUGAGGAGUCGCCUGUGAGACGAAGAAGUAAGGAGGCAACACCUGCUGUUACUAAGGAACAAGAAGAGACCUCUCCCAUAACAGAGAAAGUGAAAGAGAAGUCCAAAAAACGCAAAAGUGGAGAAGUCGUGUCCGACAUGCCCGGACCAGAUAUGAAGAGGAAACGUGUUUCCUUCGGCAGCACACUGUGUCCUGAAUUAUUCGACAAGCGUCUUCCUCCUGAUUCUCCAUUGCGCAAAGGUGCAACACCGCGUGUGUCCAAAACCAAGAACUCCCUCCUGAGACGAGCAUCCGCCAGUGGCUUGUUAGAGGAGUUUGAAGAUGAAGAAAGUCCUGCAAAAAAGAAGACUCCUGCAAAGAAAUCACCCAAAUCCAGGACCCCCUCUCCCAAGGCUGCAAGGGGAAGGUCUUCCUCUGUCGGUGGAUCUCCAGCAGCCCUGACUCCGAGUGUCCAAGGGCGUUUCUCUGUGUCACGCAUCAUCACACCAUCUCCUGGAGCAGAAGAUGUUGUUCCUGUUGCUCCUAAAGUAACCCAGAGGAGGAGGAGCACCUCACGGGAUACUCCAAUUUGCGCAACAUUAAUGCGCAGAAGAAGUGGCAUUUCACGGGCAUCUAUGAAAGUCAACAAUUCCUGGGCAGACAUUGUGAGAUUUGGGCCAACUAAGCAUCAAGUCUUUGCUCCAGUUAUACAUAUGGUUACCAAAAAGACAACAAAGGCGGCUGUGCCCAAACCACAGACUCCUGCGAGAAACAUCAUGGGCCAUGUCAGCACUGGUCACGCGGAUUCCCCUGUUACCAUUGUUGUGGGCAGAGCUCAACAAAGAGUUGUUCCAACUGGCGCUGCACCAAGACUGGUCCCUAAUCUUGCACUCCUUAAAAAGAACAUGAAAAUGGACGAGGACUUCACUGGAAUUUCUGAAAUGUUAAAAACCCCUGCGGUGAAGAAGAGAUCUGUAAUCAAUGAGAACAACGCCCUAAAGACUCCAGUGGGAGCAUCUGUGGUUGAACCAUCAGUGCUGAACACACCAGAGGAAUCAGGUGAGAUGAUGGUGUCUCCACUGACCGUGUCGUCUUCAGUGAAAGGCAGAAGCUACAACAGUGAAGCAGUGCAGCGCCUCCUCAAUGAUGAAGAUGAAGAGUCUAGCUGCAUCAGUGAAUUGCCCGUCUCCAGCGAGCAGCAGUGCACAGAUCUGAAGACCUCCGCAACAACUCCCAAACAGAAGCCAGAACUACCAGAGUGUCUCACCGGAGUGAAGAGGAUCAAGAAGACACCAAAACAGAAGUCCGAGCCGAUCGAAGACCUGAGAGGGAAGAUUCUGAAAACUCCUAAGCAGAAGCGUGAACAACAGGAAGACUGUCUCACCGGAGUGAAGCAGAUGAUGGCGACUCCUAAACAGGAAGCUGUAGAGGACAUCAAGGUGGAGCUGCUGACAACUCCCAAUGAGAAGGUUGAACAACAAGAGGCCGUCGUUGAGGUGGUUUGUGAGACCCCACAAAAGGAUGCUGAACCCAUCGAAGACCUUCAAGAAAAUGUCCUGGAAACUCCCAAAGCUCCAGAAGCAGAAGCCACACGUGUGGAUGAUGUUGAGGAAACUGAAGAGACACCGGUGCAAGAAUCUGAGGAGGCAUCUGAAACGACCGACAUGUUAAGUGCGAGCAGUGUGGCCCCAGCGGAACUUGUAGACUUCACUCAGGAUGAUACAGUUGAUUAUACUUGUUGUGAAGUCAAAGCAAAAGAGCCACAAGAUGAUGUGCCAUCAGAUGUCAAGGAUGUUCCCGAAGUUAACAUGGAGAAAGCAGAUGCAAAUGAUGUCGUCGACGAUAUUGAAUCAUCAGAUGCCGCCAAAACUGUCUCUGAAGCCCCUGUAGAUGAGAUUGUAGCUGUGGAAGAACCCAAAAUGGAGACUGUUGAUGAUGAUGUAUCCGAAGAACCAGAAGUGGUCACAGUAGAUGAGAAGGUUACUGAAGAACAACCUAUGGAAGAUGCCGUUGAGAAGGUAUCUGAAGAAAAACCCAAAGUAGACACCGUAGAAGAGACUGCAUCCAAAGAACCUAAAGUGGAAACUGCUUCUGAAAUAGUCACAGAAAUGGACACUGCUUCCUCAAAGCCUGACCAGAAGAAAAAAUCUGUUCGAGGCAGAAGGACCAAGACGGUUGAACCUGAAGAAGCUGAUGGUCAACAGGAAGCAGUAGAACAAUCUGAAGAGCCUGUCAUCCCUACACCAUCCAGAGGAAGAAGGGUGAAGAACACUGAAGCAGCUGCCUCAUCUGCUGUCAAGCAAAUAAAAAGAGGCAGAGAUGCUAAGUCUGAAGAAAGCCAAGAUGUUGAGCUCCCAGUUGAGGAAAGUGAGCCUCUUCCCACCAAAGCUGCUCCUAAGCCUAAACGAGGAAGCGCUGUUAAAAAAGCUUCUGAGGUCCAAGAGGUUCCCCUCGUCAGUGCCACAAACUCGCUCAAACGUGUCGGGAAGGGAAAUCAAGCUGCUGAAGAGAAGAGUGACGAAGAGGCCAGCUCCGGUCAGAAAAUCAAGGGGGGCGAAAAAAGAAGUUGCCCAAGCCGUUCCAGUGAAGAAAGCCCGUCGAGGUGCAGCUCCAACCCUCGAGGAGACGAGCGAAGAAUCUACAGUUUCAGAGCCGGCACCAGCUCCAGUAGAGCCGGUCAAAAAGGGGAGGCGGGCAGCAGCAAAGCCCGCCACAGUGACCAGCGAGCCAGCUAAUCCCACUGAAGAUUCAAGCAGCGCUGUUCAGGAAGACUCCAAAACACCCAAAAGGAAGGGAAAACAAGCUGCUGUAGAACCAGAGGAAAAGCCAGAACCUGAGGCUGAAGAGAAGAGUGAAGAAGAGCCAGCUCCGGUCAGAAAAUCAAGGGGGGCGAAAAAAGAAGUUGCCGUUCCUGUGAAGAAAACCCGCCGAGGUCCAGCUCCAACCCUCGAGGACACGAGCGAAGAAUCCACAGUUUCAGAGCCGGCACCAGCUCCAGUAGAGCCGGUCAAAAAGGGGAGGCGGGCAGCAGCAAAGCCCGCCACAGUGACCAACGAGCCAGCUAAUCCCACUGAAGAUUCAAGCAGCGCUGUUCAGGAAGACCCAAAAACACCCAAAAGAAAAGGAAAACAAGCUGCUGAAGAGAAGAGUGAAGAAGAGCCAGCUCCAGUCAGAAAAUCAAGAGGGGCGAAAAAAGAAGUUGCCCAAGCCGUUCCAGUGAAGAAAGCCCGUCGAGGUGCAGCUCCAACCCCCGAGGAGACGAGCGAAGAAUCCACAGUUUCAGAGCCGGCACCAGCUCCAGUAGAGCCGGUCAAAAAGGGGAGGCGGGCAACAACAAAGCCCGCCACAGUGACCAGCGAGCCAGCUAAUCACACUGAAGAUUCCAGCAGCGCUGUUCAGGAAGACUCCAAAACACCCAAAAGGAAGGGAAAACAAGCUGCUGUAGAACCAGAGGAAAAGCCAGAACCUGAGGCUGAAGAGAAGAGUGAAGAAGAGCCAGCUCCAGUCAGAAAAUCAAGGGGGGCGAAAAAAGAAGUUGCCCAAGCCGU